AUGGAGAAAGGCGAAUCCUCCGCCGCGCCGGAAGAGGACAAACCGCCACCGCCCCAAACCAUCACCACAACGACGACCCACCACCUGUCGGCCCCACCAGGUUUGACCGAGGAUGAGUUCAACCAGUUGAAACCUUUUGUAAUCGACUUCCACACCUACCAUCUCACCUCAUCCCAAUGUUCCUCCCUACUCGCCCAACACAUCCACGCGCCGGCCGCCGUCGUCUGGUCUGUCGUCCGUCGCUUUGACAAACCGCAGACAUACAAGCACUUCAUCAAGAGCUGCACCGUUAGUGAAGGCUUCACAAUGACGGUUGGGUGCACGCGUGAUGUCAACGUCAUAUCAGGAUUGCCGGCAGCAACCAGCACGGAGCGGUUAGACUUGUUGGAUGAUGAGAAACGCGUGAUGGGGUUUACGAUCAUCGGCGGUGAACACAGAUUGAGGAAUUAUCAUGCUGUGACAACGGUGCAUGAGAUAAUUAGCGCGGUGGAUGCACCGCCUAUCACGGUGGUCUUAGAAUCGUAUGUGGUGGAUGUGCCGGAGGGGAACACGGAGGAGGACACACGGCUUUUUGCUGACACGGUGGUGAAGUUAAAUCUGCAAAAAUUAGCGUCUGUCACCGAAGCCAUGGCGCAUGACGGCGACGCCACCAUCAAGACUCGCAGGUGA